GAAGGGGGCUGUAGGCGUGAAAAGACGUUGGCGGUCGGACAGACCUGCCUUUCUGGCUCCCUGUGGUAGGUCUGGUGACAGUCUCUGCACUUCCGGACCCGGGAUCGGAAAGUGAAGAUCGCUUCAGGGGAAGGGGAGGCCAGGUAUCACCAUGGCAACUGCCAGCGUGACGUCACCCUUCUGGCUUUGCGUGUAACGGCCUCUGCGGGAGGAAGCUGGGGAGUCCUAGGAGGGGGCGCACCUCGCCUCCUUCGUGCGGGAGCGCUCCCGCCCUGAUCACUUGGAGGGCUUUGUUCUUUUGUUCCGGCCUAAGGGGAAGUCGGGUACCGGGCCCCACCCUGCUCCUCCACCUUUCAGCUUUAACAAGCUCCGCAACAAGGCAGACAACCUCAGCGUGUGUGUAAGGGUUCAGACUCCUUGCAAGGGGAGCUGGGCAUCUGAGUACCAGACCGAGGUGCCACCAGCUGGAGGGACACUGCCUGAGGAACCCUGGUGCCCAAGGUCCAGAGGAACAGGAUGAGCUCCUAAGAUGGAAGAGCCAUCCUCUCCAGACUCUGCCCUUCUCCAACUGGGACAUACUCUCAUCCCAUCAGCCAGUUUUCAGGAAUCAGUGACCUUCAAGGAUGUGAUAGUAGACUUUACCCAGGAAGAAUGGAGACAGCUGGAUCCUGUACAGAGAGAUUUGUUCAGGGAUGUGACAUUAGAAAAUUAUACACAUCUGGUCUCUAUAGGACUCCAAGUUUCUAAACCUGAUGUGAUUUCCCAGUUAGAGCAAGGAACAGAGCCAUGGAUGGAGCCAGCCAUUCCAGCAAGUACCUUUGGAGAGUGGGAGACGAGACCUGAAAAUAGUGUGUCAGCCCCAGAACUAGACAUUUCUGGAAGAGAGCCAUCUUCAGAGGCCAUAGUGGAAAAACACAAAAGGGAUGGUCCUUGGAUUUCUAACUUAGAAACUUGGGAAUCUGAAGGCAGUCUAGAGAGGCAGCAGGCAAGCCAGCAGACACUGCCAAGGAAAACAAAAAUAACUGAAAAGACAAUAUCCACUUGGGAAAGAGGCCCUGCAAAUAAUGAAUUUGGGAAAAGCAUUAAUGUGAGUUCAAGCCUUGUUACACAAAAAGAUAUAUUUCCGGAAGAAACCUCUACUAAAACAAGCGUCAAACAAAAUUCAAACCCAGUUAAAAAAGAGAAAUCAUGUAAGUGCAAUGAAUGUGGGAAAGCUUUUAGUUAUUGUUCAGCUCUUAUUCGCCAUCAGAGAACACAUACUGGAGAAAAACCCUACAAAUGUAAUGAAUGUGAAAAAGCCUUCAGUAGGAGCGAAAACCUUAUAAACCAUCAAAGAAUUCAUACCGGAGAUAAACCAUAUAAAUGUGAUCAGUGUGGAAAAGGCUUCAUUGAGGGUCCAUCUCUUACUCAACAUCAAAGGAUUCACACUGGAGAAAAACCCUAUAAAUGUGAUGAAUGUGGGAAAGCCUUCAGUCAGAGGACCCAUCUUGUUCAGCAUCAAAGAAUUCAUACUGGUGAGAAGCCAUAUACCUGUAAUGACUGUGGAAAAGCCUUUAGCCAGAGAGGCCACUUUAUGGAACAUCAAAAAAUUCAUACAGGAGAAAAACCAUUUAAAUGUGAGCAAUGUGAUAAAACCUUCACCAGGAGCACACACCUUACUCAGCAUCAAAAAAUCCACACUGGGGAGAAAACCUAUAAAUGUAAUGAAUGUGGGAAGGCCUUCAAUGGGCCCUCCACAUUUAUCCGUCAUCAUAUGAUUCAUACUGGUGAGAAACCAUAUGAAUGCAAUGAAUGUGGGAAAGCCUUCAGCCAGCACUCAAACCUCACUCAACAUCAAAAAACUCAUACUGGGGAGAAACCCUAUGAUUGUGCAGAAUGUGGAAAAUCUUUUAGUUACUGGUCAUCCCUUGCUCAACAUCUGAAAAUUCAUACUGGGGAAAAACCUUAUAAAUGCAAUGAAUGUGGAAAGGCCUUCAGUUACUGCUCCUCCCUUACUCAGCAUCGGAGAAUUCACACCAGAGAAAAGCCCUUUGAAUGCAGUGAAUGUGGAAAGGCUUUUAGUUACCUCUCAAACCUUAAUCAACAUCAGAAAACUCAUACCCAAGAGAAGGCCUAUGAGUGUAAGGAAUGUGGGAAAGCCUUUAUUCGGAGUUCAUCUCUUGCUAAGCAUGAAAGAAUUCAUACUGGAGAGAAACCCUAUCAGUGUCAUGAAUGUGGGAAAACCUUCAGCUAUGGCUCAUCCCUUAUUCAGCAUAGGAAAAUCCAUACUGGAGAAAGACCUUACAAGUGUAAUGAAUGUGGGAGAGCAUUCAACCAGAACAUACACCUUACACAACAUAAAAGAAUUCAUACAGGAGCAAAGCCUUAUGAGUGUGCCGAGUGUGGCAAAGCCUUUCGACAUUGUUCAUCUCUUGCUCAACAUCAAAAAACUCACACGGAAGAAAAACCCUACCAGUGUAAUAAAUGUGAAAAAACCUUUAGCCAGAGCUCCCAUCUGACUCAGCAUCAACGAAUUCACACUGGAGAGAAGCCCUAUAAGUGCAAUGAAUGUGACAAAGCCUUUAGCCGGAGCACUCAUCUUACUGAACAUCAGAAUACUCAUACUGGAGAGAAACCUUACAACUGUAAUGAGUGCAGGAAGACUUUCAGCCAGAACACUUAUCUCAUUCAGCAUCAGAGAAUUCAUUCAGGAGAGAAGCCUUUUGGAUGCAAUGAUUGUGGAAAAGCCUUCAGAUACCGUUCUGCUCUCAACAAACAUCAGAGAUUACACCCUGGCAUCUGACUAUUCUAGGAACAUCAUAAAUGUAGGGGAUACAUUUACUUUAGUUUAUCCUUUUUUAAGUACUGAAGAAUCAGAGUGGCUUGAGAAACUGCUUAAAAUAUUUUAACUUUUCACAGUACUAUGGAAUGGAAAGUACAUUGGUUUCAACUAAUCUAAUUACAUUAUUAAGUAACUUUGUGACAUUGGAAAACAACUAUUUUAAGCUUUAGUUUCCUCUGUGAAGGGAGGGAUUUGGAAUAGAUGAUUUAAAAGUUAGUUUGGAAUUUUAUAAUCAGUUUUGUAUAUUCACAGCAUAUUCUUAAAUAGGUACUGUACAUCAGCAUUUUGUUGUGUUACAUCUAGAGUGUGUAUGAUUAUGCAUGUUUUGCCAAUAGAUGAGAUUUGUGCUUCAGUAACUUGACUGGGGAGCUAUUAUGCUCCUGUUCUAACAUACUUAAGUUGUUUAGGAAAUUGCUUCCCAAUAAAAAGAAUUAUAAAACCCCUUCAAAUUAA